UGUCUCCAGUCGUACUGAACGUCUACAGCGUGCGUCGCGGCCCGUGUGGCCAUUUAGCUACGAGACAUGAGCGCCUUCGAACGGCACAGCAUGUCGCUCAUGAGCGUCCGAGCAUGCCAGGACGUGUCGGCCGUGUUGCACAGCGGUGUCCUGUACAAGCAGGGCCGCGUCGUGCGCAACUGGAAGCUGCGCUACAUGACGCUCACGCCGGAAUCCCUCACGUACUACAGCUCGGAAGGCGGCGAACUCAAAGGCACGGUCGACGUCAGGUACUGUAUGCCAUCCCAUUUGGAGAUCGUGCCGCCGUCGGUGGUCGACUUUGGCGCGUCCAAGUGGCGCCUGGCGAUUCAAACGCCGUCGCGACGGCUGGUCGUGGCCGCUCCGUCCGAACACGCCAUGCACGCAUGGGCGUUUGCGCUCUUGACCCUGUUCAAGUCGAACGAAGGGCGUUUCGUGCAGCAGGGAGUCGUUCCGGUAGCGCCGCGCGGCCGGCGAUCGUCGAUCGUGUAGCGUUGAAACCAGUGGUGUGUCGGUGCAUCGAGAUAACGAAAUCAAGUGUCUC